CAUCGGCAUUUCAGUAUACAUCAGGGGUUACAUCGUUCUCCACAUGUGCGGAGGAUAAACCUACCAUACCAUACCAUACCAUACCGUGGUUUGUUCAUUCAGUUGUUCAGUUUGACAUAAGUGCUUGAAGACACGCGAGACAGCUCAACUUGUUCACGACUUUUCAGACUUUUUUUUCCUCCGGGAAUUCCCUGCCAAAAAAAUAUUUAUCAGUGUGAUAUAAUUUUGUAUUUUUAAUUUUUUUUUGACAUUUUUUUUUAAUAUUAAUUUUAUGUAAUAAAAUUAUUUGUACUGUGUUUUUGGAAUCUAUUCAAUAUGCGCCAACGAUUUUGGUCGUUGGUGCUACUACUAUCAAUAACAGCGUGUCAAAUUGCAGACGUAGCAGGAAGAUUCCAUCAUAUAAAAUUUCGACAUGCAAGGCACAGGAGACAACAUGCAGAAGGCUAUUUGCCAAGCAGUUUCGUGGCUGAAAAUGACGAACCUGAAGAGGGACUUUGGGGACCUUGGUCAGCACCUAGCUCGUGCUCUAGAUCUUGUGGUGGCGGUGUAGCUCAUCAAACACGACGAUGCUUAGACACUGACAACAAUGGAUACGACAGAUGCACUGGAGCUAAAAAGAGAUUCUUCUCAUGUAAUAUUCAACCAUGUCCAGGUGAUUCUGGGGACUUUCGUGCCGAGCAAUGCGCCGAGUUCAACUCCGUACCAUACGAGGAUGUGUUUUAUGACUGGGUCCCAUACACCGGAGCGCCAAACAAAUGUGAGCUUAACUGCAUGCCAAAAGGCGAACGUUUCUUCUACAGACACAAGCUUGCAGUGGUUGACGGUACGCCGUGUGAAGUUGAAAAAAACGACGUUUGUGUUGAAGGGAAAUGCAUGCCAAUGGGAUGUGACAUGAUGCUGGGCAGCGAUGCUCGAGAAGACGCUUGCAGAGAAUGCGGCGGUGAUGGCUCUGAUUGCAACACCGUCAGCGGCUUCUUCGACACCGAUGACGUCCAAGUUGGAUAUAUUGAUAUUUUACUUAUACCCGAAGGCGCUACUAAUAUUGCUAUCAAGGAAAUUGCACCUUCCAAUAAUUAUCUAGCCAUCCGUAAUACAUCUGGACAUUAUUAUCUAAACGGCAAUUGGAAAAUAGACUUCCCCAGAAGUCUUAAAUUUGCCAAUACGAUAUUUCAUUACGCAAGAGACCCGCAAGGUUUCUCAGCGCCGGACACAAUCACAGCCUUGGGACCAACUAGUGAAGCGAUUUAUGUCGUCUUGCUCUAUCAAGAUCGAAACGUUGGGGUUGAAUAUAAAUACAGUAUUCCUAAAAAAUUCUCUCCGCAAGCUGAUCCUGACAGUUACACGUGGACUGCGGGUGAAUUUUCCGAAUGUAGUGCGACAUGUGGUGGAGGGUAUAAAUCAAGACGAGUUAAUUGUGUAAGACGGCGCAAUAAUGAGCCAGUUGACGAGAAUUUGUGCGACCCACAAUUAGAGCCCGAUGACACCCAGUCUUGCGGCGAUGAGGCAUGUCCACCCGAAUGGGUGGAAAGCAAAUGGACGCCUUGUAGUAAACAAUGCGGCGAAGGUGGUGAACGUACAAGAGAAAUCAAGUGUGAGCAGAUCAUCGUUGGUGGUAUACCGAGCAUCGUUGACGACUCGAUGUGCAUUGAGAAACUUGGACCGAAGAAAGAGACCACCCAGGAAUGCAAUCGCAAUGUUACAUGUCCUACGUUUCAUUUAGGACCUUGGAAACCAUGUGAUCAUUUGUGUGGAGAAGGAAAACAAACAAGAAAAGUAACUUGUUACAAAAAAAAUGACGAAGGUAAAAUAGAAGUAUUAGAUGAUUCAGCAUGUGAGGGCGAAGUCCCCGAAAAAGAAAAACCAUGUGAAUUAAGACCUUGCGCUGGGCUUGAUUGGGUCGUCUCUGAAUGGAGUGGAUGUGAAGAUAAAUGCGGACUCACUCAAGAAACAAGAACUGCUCAUUGUGCCACUCAAGACGGUACUAUUUAUCCUGAUGACAAGUGUGAGCCGGAUAAAAAACCAGAGUUAACACGCGACUGUGAGAACACCAAAGGUUGUGAAUAUCAAUGGUAUACAACACAGUGGAGUGAGUGCUCGGCUAAAUGCGGUAAAGGUGUACAAACUCGUAAAGUUUUUUGCGCAACAUUUGAAAACGAUGUUACAUUGAAAAAAGUUGAAGACGAAAAAUGCAAACCUGAAAAACGUUAUAAUGAUACGAAAGAAUGUACAUCAGAAAUUGUUGAAUGCAAAGGCGAAUGGUUUGCUGGUCCAUGGAGUAAAUGUUCUAAACCAUGUGGAGGUGGUGAUAUGACACGAAAAGUGAUAUGCUUGAAAGACGGUAUGAUUACUUCACCAGCUAAUUGCGAUGAAGACUCUAUAAUGUUUUCUUCUGAAGAAUGCAAUAAACAUCCUUGUGGUAAAGAUGAAGUAAUUCCCGUAGAGCCAGGAAAAGAUGACAUUCCGACCAAUGAAGAUGAUGAUGAUGACGAUGAAUGUGAAGUAUAUGAGGAUGAAGACUUUGUAACGCUAGCCUCGAGCUUAAAAACAGAUGAAGGCGAAACCGGAGAGACAGAACUAUCAAGUUCUAUAUCGCCUUUCGAGUCAACUGGUUUUAGUAUGUCAACAUUAGAAGAUACAAUGAUGAGCGAUGGGAUGUAUAGCCGUGGAGAUAUGACACCAACAGAUUUUGAAAGUGGUUACACCAGCGGUGACGGAAGUGGUGACGAUGAAUUCACGCUAUUUACUAAUGUUUACACAGACACCUCGUCAAAUAGGGACUUUUCAACAAUAGAGGGAAGUGGAGCAACCACAGACGAGGAUACCACAGAUAUGGAAACUGAUUUAACCACAGGAGUUUCAGUUAGUGAAGAAUUGGAAGAAACUUCGGGCUCUACCGAUAUUUCUGAUGUUACUGAAGCAUCGAUGUCAACUGACUCAACAAGUUCGAAUAUCGCUAGUAGUACAGAUAAAUCUGCGACCGAAUCUUCUGGCUCUACCGAUGGGUCAAGUACGGAAUCUUUGGGAUCAUCAGAAGCAUCUGAUGUUACAGAAGGAUCUACUGAGGCAUCUGGUGCCACGGAAGAAUCUUCAGAGUCUAGUUCUAGCAGUACAGAAUCCUCUGGUAGUACAGAAGCAUCUGCUUCGUCAAAGUCAACGAUAUUUGAAAGCACAUCUGAAUCCUCGUCAGAAGCAUCUACUGUAGAUGUAUCAGAUAUGUCUACAGAAUCAUCUGAUUUUACUACGACAGAGUCUGGUUCAUCCACAGUGGAUUCUUCAACUUCAUCAGACUCAAGCGCAAGUACUGAGUCAGAUAUGACGACAAUGUCAUCAGAAACAGAAUCAACUGAGUCAUCACAGUCGACUGAAUCUCAACCGACAGAAACAACUGAACCGACGGAAACAACUGAGCCAACGGAAACAACUUCUUCUGAAGAAACACCAACAACUUCUUCCGAAGAAACACCAACAACUUCUUCCGAAGAAACACCAACAACUUCUUCCGAAGAAACACCAACAACUUCUUCCGAAGAAACACCAACAACUUCUUCUGAAGAAACACAAACAACUUCUUCUACAGACGCAUCUGUAACUGAAACAACGGUAUCUUCAACUGAUACAUCUGACGUCAGUGAAACGUCACAGAGUUCUUCAGGAUCUGAGACUACGUCAGAAUUGCCAUUCACUAUUCUGCCUGUUGACGGAGAGAGCGAUUCUGAAGGCCUGCGUAAAGACCUUGAGUCAUCUUCAGAAUCUUCAAAAUCGACAGAUGAUACAACUGGUGUUUCCGAAAGCUCAUCUGAAGUUAGUACGACUGAAGUCUCUGGUUUUACUGACUUAUCUACGACGGAAUCAUCAACAAAGUCUUCUGAAAUGACAGAAUCUGGCAGCACUGAUCAGUCAACAUCAGGUUCUAGUGAUACUACUGAGUCUGGAAUGACAACUGAAUCUGGAGGUACUACUGAAUCAGGAGCUACAACCGAAUCAGGAGCAUCAACUGAAUCUAGCGGUUCUACAGAAUCAGGAGCUACAACUGAAUCUGGUGGAAUUACAGAAUCAGGAGCGUCAACUGAAUCUGGUGGUACUACAGAGUCAGGAGCUACAACUGAAUCAGGAGCUACAACUGAAUCAGGAGCUACUACUGAAUCAGAAUCAUCUACAGAAUUAACUGGCAGUACUGAAUCAGUUGGCUCUACUGAGACUGAAACAGAAGCGUCGACAGUUUCUGGUGAAACAACAGAAUCCGGAGCUACUACUGAGAGCAGUAUGACAGAAGAAAGCACUGUGUCCGGCACAACAUCAACUGAUGAAGAAGAAACUGACAUGACUGGAAAAUCAGACAUAUUGGACUUGUUUACAACGAUAAGUCCAGUAGACGCAGCGAUAUCCAAAGAGCACAAACUCAGAAAAUGUAAAGUUAAGAGGAAGAAGAAGAAGUCCUGCAGAACUUCUGAGUUCAACUGCUGCUAUGACGGAAUUACGCCGGCUCAAGGACCGUUUGGAAAAGGCUGCCCAACUCCACAAACUUGUGCUGAGACCACUUUCGGUUGUUGUCCGGACGGGGUGUCAGUUGCCGCUGGGCCAAAGAACGAAGACUGUCCAUCAAUGCAUUGCAAUGAAAGUCUAUUUGGAUGCUGUCAAGACGGUGUCACUCCCGCUGAAGGCAACGAUUUCGAAGGCUGCAAAAAGCCGUGCAAUCAGACCGAAUUUGGAUGCUGUCCGGAUAAUGAAACUCCAGCGGAUGGUAAAAAUAAUUUGGGAUGUUGCAAUUCUACUGAAUUUGGCUGUUGUCCUGAUAGGAUCAAACCUGCGACCGGACCGAAUGAAAAAGGCUGUGAAGAAACAACAGAAGAAACUAGAGAGUUUGAAAGUACAACACCCUUCGAAGGAGACUGUGCCAAUGCCGCGCACGGAUGUUGUCCUGAUGGAAAAACUUCAGCGACUGGAGCUAACUUUGAAGGCUGCGGAGUUAUCAAUACUGAAAAUUGUACUGCUUCUUACUUUGGAUGCUGCGCAGACGGUGUCACUCCAGCACUGGGUGAACGAGGUGAAGGAUGUCACUCGGCUUGCGAGUCGUCAACUCACGGCUGCUGUCCAGAUCGUCUUACUCCAGCUCACGGACCUGGUGGUGAAGGAUGUUGCUUAACGUCUCCUUACGGAUGCUGUCCUGACAACAUUCUUCCAGCCAGAGGACCAGACUUUUAUGGAUGUGGGUGUGAGUACUCUCGGUUCCGCUGCUGUCCUGACAAUGUCACCGCAGCCCGUGGACACAACAACGAAGGAUGUGGGUGCCAAUACACACCCCACGGAUGUUGUCCCAAUAAAUUCACUCCCGCAACUGGACCUAACUUUGAAGGAUGUCCAUGCUACACUUAUCAAUUCGGUUGCUGUCCGGAUGGGGUUACUAUCGCGAAAGGGCCUCGAGGCCAUGGAUGCGGCUGCGAAAGCACUGAGUUCGGCUGCUGCUCAGACGACCGGACUCCGGCCAAAGGACCGAACUUCGCAGGAUGCACUUGUGAUGCGUCCAAGUAUGGUUGCUGCUCAGAUGGAGUCGAAGAAGCACAAGGAGAAAACUUUGAAGGCUGUCGCACUGUGCCGGUUGUUCCUGGAGCUGCUUGUUCUCUUUCCAAAGAUCGUGGUUCCUGUCGCGACUUUAGUGUCAAAUGGUUCUUUGACACUGAGUAUGGUGGAUGUUCACGCUUCUGGUAUGGUGGCUGUGAGGGUAAUGACAAUCGUUUCAAAACGCAAGAGGAUUGUAAAAAUACUUGUGUAUCUCCUGCAGGACGAGAUGUUUGUUACUUACCCAAAAGUACUGGCCCAUGUGAAGGGUACUAUCCGAUGUGGUAUUACGACAGUGAAAGAAAACAAUGUGGACAAUUUAUUUAUGGCGGGUGUCUUGGUAAUAAUAAUAAAUUCAAAACUCACGAAGAAUGUGAACAACUUUGCGUAGUUCGAGAUGACAGUGAUCCAUGUGAGUUAGAUAAAGAAUCAGGACCAUGCGAAGGUAACUUUACACGGUGGUACUUCAACAAAGAUUCUCAAGCGUGCGAACAAUUCCGUUACGGUGGCUGCAAACCUAAUACUAAUAAUUUCCCAACUGAAGUUGCUUGUCACCAGCAAUGUCUUCAACCAGGCCGCAGUAAAGUAACCCAAGAAGUAUGUUCACUGGACAAAGAUCCCGGGCCUUGUCCGGGCUCUUUACUGCGUUGGUAUUACGAUGAAAAACGCCGGGCAUGUAGACAAUUUGUUUACGGUGGUUGUAAAGGCAACGGCAAUAAAUUCCGUACACACGCGGACUGCGAGCAACGUUGCCCGAUUCGAGAGCAAGACCUUUGUCUUCUACCCGCACUUCUUGGCGAGUGCCAUAAUUACACUCAACGGUGGUAUUAUGACUCGUUUGAGCAACGAUGCCGACAAUUCUUUUACGGCGGCUGUGGAGGCAACGAGAAUAACUUUAAUACUGAAGAAGACUGUUCUAAUAGAUGUGUUGCUUCUGUAACUAAGCCACCAGAUAGACCACAAAGCUUUUCUCCAGCAAUGUGUUUCCUUCCCGAUGAGCAUGGACCUUGUAAGAACGAGCAAGUGAAAUGGUUCUAUGACAGCAGAGACGGCAUUUGUAAGCAAUUCCGUUACGGUGGGUGUGCAAGCAAUGGAAAUAAAUUUGAAUCACGCGAAGAGUGUGAAUAUCGCUGCGGAGAAGUUCAAGACUUAUGUACAAUGCCGAAAGUUGUUGGACCAUGCAGUGGCUCGAUAAUUCAAUUUUACUACAACCACGAAACAGAUACCUGCGAAGAGUUUGAAUACAGCGAAUGCGGUGGUAACAAAAAUCGUUUCCCGGAUAAUGCAAGCUGUGAGAGUAAAUGUAAACGGAGACGACCACCACCGCCACCACCACCACCCGUACCAGAAUCACAGGCAUCAACAUCUAGACCAGACUCUGAUAUUCUUCCUAAUAGCCCUAUUUGCUUAGCUCCUGUUGAUGCCGGUCCAUGUAAUUCUGAAAUUACUGCUUACUAUUACGACCCUCAAACCCAGGCAUGUCAAGCUUUCAUUUACGGUGGAUGUGAAGGCAACGCCAAUAGAUUCCAGAGUGAAGAGCAGUGUGAAAGACUUUGCGGUCGUUUUCAGGGUCAAGACUCCUGUAACCUUCCAUCAGAUGCUGGACCGUGUAGAGGCAAUUUUAUAAAAUACUUUUACGAUCCAAAUGCUCGCGCUUGUCGUCAAUUCUAUUACAGUGGUUGCGACGGAAACGCAAACAGAUUUAGCACAGUUCUCGAGUGCGAAUCUGUUUGUUUACACCGCGAAGAACCAACGCCCGCUGGCAACAAUACUGGACUCUCUCACUUUGCUAUUUGCCGGGAGCCGGUGGAUGUUGGAACAUGUCCAACUGGUAAUUACAAAAGAUUUUAUUUCGACGAAGAACGUCGCACUUGCAUGGCAUUUGUUUAUACUGGUUGUGGUGGAAAUCGUAACAGAUUCAAGACUUUUGAGUCUUGUAUGCACACGUGCUACAGAGCGAGCAACGAAAUAGAAGACGUAGAUAAUAGAAAUGUGUCCAAAGACCCAUGCGUCGAAGCGAAGGACGAAUGCAAUACAGUUCAAUGUCCUUACGGCAAAGAAGCUUACGUUGACGAUCAAGAUUGUGAGCGCUGUCGAUGUGCUGAUCCUUGUAGAAGUGUUAAUUGUCCAGAGGGAUCUAGAUGUUCGAUAACUUUGGCAGCUUCGGCUGAUCAAGGGACAGAAUACAGAGCAGUUUGUCGAACAAUUACCAAGCCAGGUCGCUGUCCAACAGUAUCGUACAGUACAAGGUGUGAAAAAGAGUGUGAAACAGAUGCGGAAUGCCCUGGUGAACAUAAAUGUUGCGACAAUGGAUGCGGUACAUCGUGUUUAGAGCCUGCGUCUGAAGAACCUCUCGUAACACCACCGCCGACUUAUAAUCUGACAGCACCACCUUAUGGAGCUGAGCCAGCUGCUAUUCAACAACCGACAGAACCGCAUGUAAGCGGUGAAGAGGGUGGAUACGUCAGUAUGAAGUGUAUUGCUACAGGAAAUCCUACGCCCAUUAUCACGUGGAGAAAAGAUGCUACGGUGAUUAAUCCCGCAGAGAAGAGACGACGAAUAUUGCUAGAUGGAACAUUAGAAAUUAUAAACUUGUAUAGUUACGACAGAGGAACAUACAUUUGUUUCGCUGACAAUGGACUCGCGCCACCCGUUAAGACUGAAUAUCAAUUAGAAGUCACAGAACCUCAUGAGCGUCAAGCGGCUAUUGUCGGUGAACCAAAUACUUAUGUAACAGUAACAAUGAACUCACCGACGACUCUUUAUUGCUAUGCAAUGGGCUGGCCACGUCCUUUUGUAACCUGGUGGCACGGAGAUCGUAUGCUUCCACUAUCUUCUGAUCACUAUGAGCAAGAUUCUGAGUACACGUUAUUAAUUCGCUCUGUAACUCUAACAAAUCUCGGUGUCUAUACUUGUCAAGCUUACAACGGUAUCCAACGGCCUUCCUCAUGGUCUGUGACACUCCAAGCGAUAGGACCGGUCUAUAAUGUUAAGCCAGAAUAUCAGGAGUAUACUAAAUACCUUGUUGAGCCUCCUAAGCGGCCUAACAACACUGAUAACAGACCCCAGUACCCAUACAGACCAUCACGAACUCAAGCUCCUCAUUAUAACCAAACUUACGUUCCUAUUCGUACUACUCGUCCUACUCCUAGGCCAUACAUUCCUGCUGUAAUUCCUAUCACUGAACCUCCACCAGAGCCAUCUCAAUUGAAAGUACCAGUUGUUGUCAAUGUAACAUCAUCAGGGAAUAAAUUCCCAGUAGGAAGUGAUUUCAGUAUUGCUUGUACUGUUGACGGUUAUCCGAUUCCUCAAGUACUCUGGUACAAGGAUAAUGAAAUACUUAGAACAGAUGGACGAAUUUCUAUUUCUGAAACAAACAGGCUUAUGAUUACGAACGCUGGUUACAAUGAUACUGGAAAAUAUCGUUGUGAAGCUUAUAAUGGUUAUUCAAAUGAUUCAGCUGAAAUAGACAUUGCUGUUGAAGGCACACAUAUUGAUCCCGAGUGUCAGGAUAAUACAUUCUUCGCUCGAUGUGACUUGAUAGUAAUUGCUAAAUAUUGUCAACAUAAGUAUUACGCUAAAUUCUGUUGUAGAUCAUGUACUGAAGCAGGACAACUGCCUCCGGCAAAUCUUUAUCUCAAAGAUUCAGCUCGAAGAAAAAAAAGAUCAUUUAGGAGUAUUUUCUAAGCAAGUGCACGAGUCAUUUCUUAAAUAAAAGAAAAAUAGUUAAUAUUAAUAAUGAUAAUAGUUAUAAUGACAACAGAAUUAAAAUUACUCCAUUAUGCCUGUUUAAAUCGAGACAAACCAUUAAUUUAUAUUUAAUUAUUAAAUGUAAAUGUCUCGAAGGCUAAAUCGAAUCCAAUCGAGUCUCGUUCACUGCCAAAGCCUUAGAACGUUUAUGCAUAGAUACUUAUGGAGUACGAAUUAUAAUAAUAAUUAAAAUAAUCUAAAGAUGACCACAGUAUCCAUGUAAACACGAUCUGAAGCUAAUUAACUAGUCGUUAAGGAACUGCGUGUCAGUACUCUUAAGUCAUCCACUUCUGUACAAUUAUGAAACAUUCUUAAUAUUAUUUUAAUAUUAUUAUCAUUAAUAUUUUUAUAAUUAUAAUUUUGUAAGUAGAU